CAUGCAUGCACACACAAAAAAACACACACACACACUGUCCAGCAGCAGAUAGCUCCGACAAGUGAUCGAGAGUAGACCACUGCGUGGUUAACUACUGACACAACGGGCUGACAUUGUAGGGACUGUGGAAGAUCAAACAGUUCUUUCUUCAGAAGCACAUUUUUAACCAUUGCUUCGUGUUUUUCUGCUGACCUCUAAAGUAAAACUGUUCAGAAACAGCAUUUGCUGAAUUGGAAACUAGAUGGUGUCCAUAAAGAUCAUUAGACCAGAUCAGCAUCGUGACUGCAAGCACGGAUGAGGACUACAAGAAACAGGCCACCUAAUCCAAUCAAAUAUUGGCUCUGGGAACGUCACACAAUCAACUGGCUUAAGCAACGACACUACGGAAACAAUACAUCUGUGUGGAGCCUAGAGUGCGCCGCAGAAAAAUGAGUAUAAGUUCACGUCUGCUUCAGGUCUGAAACAGUAGCUUCAAGUGGCCCCAGUAAACAACAGAGACCUGCGGCUGUAAUCCUCUUAGACUGCAUUAAUUUGAUGAAAUAUCAAGACGCUGCUGGCAGCUGACUAAAAACCAUGUCUGGCAGGCUGAUUGAGCUAGAGGAGACUGCGACCCACACAGGUCCAAAGGGGGUCAUUAAUGACUGGAGGAGGUUUAAGUUGGAAAGUAUGGACCGGGAAAAUCUGCCCCCUGCUAAAAAGGAGCUGCUUAGACAAAUGUCCUCUCCCAAUAAAUCAGGAGAUGACUCCAGAGCAAACCUUAAUCGCAAGAUGAGUGUUCAAGAGUACGAGCUGCUUAAGGAGGAGGAUGAAGGAUGUCUAAAGAAAUACAGGAGGCGGUGCAUGGAAGAGAUGCACAACAAGCUCAGCUUUGGGCCUACUUUUGGAGGAGUGCAUGACCUGGACAGUGGAGAGGCCUUUCUUGAAGUUAUUGAGAAGGAGCAUCACAGCACAGUGGUGGUUGUCCACAUCUACAAAGUUGGUGUUAAAGGCUGUGAGCAGCUCAACAGCUGCUUGGACUGUUUGGCCACCGAGUACCCAACUGUGAAGUUCUGCAGGAUCGAUGCCGUCUCAUCUGGUGCUGCUGAGCGUUUUUCUGAUGAAUAUUUACCAACCCUGCUGGUGUACAAGGCCGGAGAGCUACUGGGUAACUUCCUGUCCUGCACGCAGCACCUAAACGAGGAAUUCUUUGCAACCGAUGUUGAGACCUUCCUCAACAGCUAUGGCCUGCUGCCUGAGAAAGAGCUGCCAGGAGAGGAGGAUGAAGAAGAACAUGGUGUAGAAUAAUCAGGCUGCUGGGUGGUGACACACGUUAUGACAUGAAGAGGGUAAAAUGUUUGAGUUAUAUUUUGUAUAUGAUGAAAUGUUAUCUUCAGAAUAUGUGGGAGUUAUGGGACACGCAGGGUUUGUCAGAGCUGCUGGAGUUACAGUAAAUUUAAAAGAUAUAAAGACCCUCACCUGAUAAAAGCCAAAACUGUCUGACUGUAACUAUGUUUGCAAUGUUUUUUAAUGUUAGGAAAAGCUGCAUGCUGAAUGUAUUUGCAAAUAUUCGUUGAGUCCUUUUUGUAGCAUUUUAUUGUGUUGAUGUGUACUUAAGUUAUUUGUAUCCAUGAGUAAUAAAAGACAGAACUGAAUGUAACAUAAUGCAUAUUUUAUAUAUGAGGUAUUCUGCUAAAUUGGAGAAAUAAAAAACUGAAUCCUAA